CCUGUUUAGCGUAAGCCAUGAGCUCGCAGCAGUCACCAUCGCCGGCGGAGGCGAAGUCACCGCGACCGCCCGCGCCCACCACUACCGUAACCGCUCUCGACGAUGAUCUCCUCCGCGAGAUCUUCCUCCGCCUCCACUCCCUACCGACCCUUGUCCGUGCCGCCCUCAGCUGCCGCACCUUUUUCCACGCCGUCCGGUCGUCGCCCGCCUUCCGCCGGAGCUUCCGGGAGGUCCACCCACCACCUCUCCUCGGCCUCUUCUUCGACCCCGACGGCCCCUCCAUCCCCGCCUUCGCACCCCUCCGCCGCCGCUCCGACCCUGACCUCGCAGCCGUCGUCCGCGGCGCCGAUUUCUUCCUCACCCGCCUCCCCGACGACGACGACGACGACGCCGCCUUACCGGAGUGGGUCAUAUACGACUGCCGCGACGGCUACAUCCUCCUCGAACACGGAAGCCUGGAGCAGUACGCCGUCUACAACCCCCUCACACGGGCCCUGGAUCUCAUCCCCCAGCCGCCCGACGAGAUCUUCGACGACCAGCACGGCGACGCCUCCUGUCUUGGGUGCUACAUCCUCUCCUCCCAAGAGGGCGGCGAACCACUGCGCCUGGUCUACACCUGUCACGACGAGUCGCGGGCGCGUGCCGCCGUCUUCUCAUCAGAAAGCAGGGAGUGGCAGAUCCUCCCGUGGUCGGAGCCUGUGAGGCCACUGCCUGAGGACGAACACUGGCUUAAGGUUGGCACGAUGGCGAAUGGCUUCGUCUACUGGACACACAAAAAUCAAGCCUACAUCCUUGUGCUGAACACUGUGACACUGCAAUUCUCCCAGAUGGAUGUGCCGCCAGAUUUGGUGGAUCAAGAUUUAAUGUUUAAGGUUGGGGAGACCAAGGAUGGAAGGCCUUGCAUUGUCUGCCCGAUUGAUUUUGAGCUUCAUGCUUGGGUAUGGCGAGCCGGUCAGGAUGGAAUUGAGACAUGGAUAUUCGACAAGAAGUUUUCCUUGGAGACGAUUGUCGAGGUCACUGAGGGUACAUUUGAGCAACAUUGUGAACUGAAGGUUUUGGCCAUCAUUGGUGGAUUUGUGUACUUCUGUACCAUGGAUAUGUUGCAUGAUGCCAUUUAUCCUUGUUGGUUCCUGUCUCUAUGCAUGGAGACGGGGGAGCUGGGCACGCUCUUUCGGAGGAGAUUUGACGGCCAUGUUUACCCCUACAUCAUGGCAUGGCCUCCUUCUUUGAUAGACAACAAGGUGAACCCUCAAUUCGAAGGUGCUUGACAACAUGUGGACAAGGACUAAAACAGUAUUCUGACCAAAGAUAGCCAGCUGAGGAGGGGAUGGAUGGGUACUAAGGCUUGCACAUUUUGUGGUCAAGAUGAAAGUGGAGAUCAUCUAUUCUCUUGCUGCUCUGUUGCUACACUUAUCUAUAGCUCACUGCAGUGUGCUUUCAAUCUUACUCCUGUGUCCCUGUUGAUCAGAAUCAUUUGCUUUGGUGCUUGGCCAAGGAGCUUUUCAAAGAAGCAUACAUUUUUAGUUACUGUUGGAAUCACAUAUGUGUUUUUAGGCUGUUUGGAGAUGCGGAAACGAUGCCUGUUUUAAUGACAAAGAUGAACUGCUAGGUGGUCUACGGAUCUGGAUGUAAUUUCUAUUAUUUCUGUUAUUCGUUGUACUGCCAUGAUUGAAGAUGAAUAGAUUAGAAAUUUUCUCGCAAAAAAAAAAGAGAGGAUCAACGGCCCCCUUUGCAUUGGUUCAUCUGAUCUGUUUUGCUGCUGGCAAGUGGCCGAUGCUGCCUCGGUUUCUUCUUGGCCAGAAGCUGUUACAGCUAUGAUCCCUGGCUAUGAUGAUGUGUUGUUACAUGUUGAAUCCA